AGGUCGUGAAGAGCGGGACCCGGGGCCUGUGGAGGCAGCUGCGCGAGGUCCGCACGGACAUCGAGCAGGGCCUGCCGAGGGCUACCGAUCGGGACGCCUCCUGGGCGCCGCACCUGUUGCCCACACGCGGCGGCGCCGCGGGGCCUGGGCAGGCCGAGGACUGGACUGUGGGAGGUCGAAAGGUGCUUGAAUUCGUGAAAGGGCUGGCUGACUACACUUGUGCUUCUGAAGCGGGCGGGCUCGGCAGCUGUAGGCUGAUAUUGUCUGACGAUGUUAGAAGGCAUCCCAGAAUGCCCCGAUGUUUCUAGAUUCCACCUCUCUCUCUCUCCCCCUCAACUCCCUCCUCUGUGCAUGUGCUGUAACGUUGUCCCACCGCUGAUUCUCCGUACUUCUGCGUGCCUGGAUGCCCCUGUGAACUACUUUGAUUUUGUUGAUUCAGACCUUGCGUUGCCAGACCCGCAUACGUUGCAACCUUGGGGGGCCUUGUCUGUCCUAUGACUGUGAUGCUAUGGGACAGGCAGGGUGUUCCGAAGAUGCAGCAUAUCCCGGGACGCGCAGAUGUGCUGGAUGGCGACAAUUCAGUGCACGCCGCGUCUGCACUGACUGGGCGCGGAGUGUUCUGGCAUUCUAGGCAUUUUUGUGCGUGGUUACCACGGCAGCAGUUGCGCCCGGAAGCCAUGCCGCACUGGGAGUCUCAUGACAAGCUAGGCUGCAGCCAGAACUGCGCCCACUGCUGCCCGGGCACCGCUCUACGACGCGCGCUCACCAGUGAGACGAAGGCGCCCGUGCGGAAGUAAAAAGGA